AUGCGGCUCUGGAGUUGGGUGCUGCGCCUGGGGCUGCUGAGCGCCGCGCUGGGCUGCGGGCUGGCCGAGUGCGCCCCCGCCUGGCCCGGAGCAGACCCGCGCGGCGCCGCCCGCGCCCGCCGUUCUGGUUCCGUGCACCUGGCUGCCACCCGGGCGGCCCGCGGCCGCUCGGCGCUCUCGCCGCCGCCGGCGCCGCCGCCUGUGCUGUGUGCCUGGGAAGCCGUGCGCGUCCCCCGGCGGCGGCAGCAGCGGGAGGCGAGGGGCGCCGCCGAGGAGCCGAGCCCGCCGAGCCGGGCGCUCUAUUUCAGCGGGCGAGGCGAGCAGCUGCGCCUCCGGGCCGACCUCGAGCUGCCCCGGGACGCGUUCACGCUGCAAGUGUGGCUGCGAGCGGAGGGGGGCCAGAGGUCUCCGGCGGUGAUCACAGGGCUGUAUGACAAAUGUUCUUAUACCUCGCGUGACCGAGGAUGGGUCGUGGGCAUUCACACCGUCGGUGACCAAGGCAACAGAGACCCACGCUACUUUUUCUCCUUGAAGACGGACCGGGCCCGGCAAGUGACCACCAUCAAUGCCCACCGCAGCUACCUCCCAGGCCAGUGGGUAUACCUAGCUGCCACCUACGAUGGGCACUUCAUGAAGCUCUAUGUGAAUGGUGCCCAGGUGGCAACCUCUGGGGAGCAAGUGGGUGGCAUCUUCAGCCCGCUGACCCAGAAGUGCAAAGUGCUCAUGCUGGGGGGCAGCGCUCUGAAUCACAACUACCGGGGCUACAUCGAGCGCUUCAGUCUGUGGAAGGUGGCCAGGACUCAGCGCGAGAUACUGUCCGACAUGGACACCCACGGCCUCCACCCUCCUCUACCUCAGCUCCUCCUCCAGGAGAACUGGGACAAUGUGAAGCGGACCUGGUCCCCCAUGAAGGACGGCAACAGCCCCCGAGUAGAAUCCAGCACCGCCCAUGGCUUUCUGCUGGACACGAGUUUGGAGCCCCCUCUGUGUGGGCAGACGCUGUGUGACAACACGGAGGUCAUCGCCAGCUACAACCAGCUCCCAAGCUUCCGCAGGCCCAAGGCGGUGCGCUACCGCGUGGUCAACCUCUACGACGACAGCCACGAGAACCCCACGGUGAGCCGCCAGCAGGUGGACUUCCAGCACCGGCAGCUGGCUGAGGCCUUCAAGCACUACAACAUCUCCUGGGAACUGGAGGUGCUGGAGGUGAGCAACUCCUCCCUGCGCCACCGCCUCAUCCUGGCCAACUGCGACAUCAGCAAGAUCGGGGACGAGAACUGCGACCCCGAGUGCAACCACACGCUGACCGGCCACGAUGGCGGCGACUGCCGCCACCUGCGCCACCCCGCCUUCAUGAAGAAGCAGCAGAACGGGGUGUGCGACAUGGACUGCAACUACGAACGCUUCAACUUUGACGGCGGAGAGUGCUGUGAUCCCGAAAUCACCGACGUCACUAAGACGUGCUUCGAUCCCGACUCUCCGCACAGAGCCUACUUGGAUGUUAACGAGCUGAAGAACAUUCUUAGACUGGAUGGAUCAACACAUCUCAAUAUUUUCUUUGCAAACUCCUCGGAGGAGGAGUUGGCAGGAGUAGCAACUUGGCCAUGGGACAAGGAGGCCCUAAUGCACUUAGGUGGCAUUGUCUUGAACCCAUCUUUCUACGGCAUUCCUGGGCACACCCACACCAUGAUCCAUGAGAUCGGGCACAGCCUGGGCCUCUAUCACAUCUUCCGAGGCAUCUCUGAAAUCCAGUCCUGCAGCGACCCCUGCAUGGAGACAGAGCCCUCCUUCGAGACAGGAGACCUUUGCAAUGACACCAACCCAGCCCCCAAACACAAGUUCUGCGGUGACCCAGGGCCAGGGAACGACACCUGUGGUUUUCACAGUUUCUUCAACACUCCUUACAACAACUUCAUGAGCUAUGCAGAUGACGACUGCACCGACUCCUUCACGCCCAAUCAAGUCGCCAGAAUGCACUGCUACCUGGACCUGGUGUACCGGAGCUGGCAGCCCUCCAGGAAGCCGGCGCCUGUCGCGCUCGCCCCCCAGGUCGUGGGCCACACCGCAGACUCCGUGAUGCUGGAAUGGUUUCCACCCAUCGAUGGCCACUUCUUUGAAAGAGAAUUGGGAUCAGCAUGUGACCUUUGUCUGGAAGGGAGAAUCCUGGUGCAGUAUGCAUUCAAUGCCUCUUCCCCGAUGCCCUGUGGCCCCUCGGGACACUGGAGCCCUCGCGAAGCAGAAGGUCACCCGGAUGUCGAACAGCCCUGUAAGUCCAGCGUCCGCACGUGGAGCCCGAAUUCAGCUGUCAAUCCUCACACGGUCCCUCCAGCCUGCCCUGAGCCACAAGGCUGCUACCUUGAGCUGGAAUUCCUCUACCCUUUGGUCCCCGAAUCUCUGACUGUCUGGGUGACCUUUGUCUCCACUGACUGGGACUCCAGUGGAGCUGUCAAUGACAUCAAACUAUUGACUGUCAGUGGGAAGAAUGUCUCCCUGGGGCCUCAGAAUGUCUUCUGCGACGUCCCACUGACCAUCAGGCUCCGGGACGUGGGCGAGGAGGUGUACGGCGUCCAGAUCUACACGCUGGACGAGCACCUGGAGAUCGACGCGGCCAUGCUGACCUCCACUGCAGACUCCCCGCUCUGCCUGGAGUGUAAGCCGCUGCAGUACAAGGUAGUCCGAGACCCUCCCCUCCAAGCAGAGGUGGCCUCCAUCCUGCGCCUCAAUAGAAGAUUCGUGGACACAAAUCUAAGUCUUGGCAGUGUGUACCAGUAUCGGGUCAUAACCAUUUCGGGAACUGAAGAGAGUGAGCCAUCACCUGCUGCCGUAUACACCCAUGGAAGUGGGUACUGCGGUGACGGAAUUAUCCAGAAAAGCCAAGGUGAAGAAUGCGAUGACAUGAAUAAGAUCAACGGUGAUGGCUGCUCCCUUUUCUGCCGACAAGAAAUUUCCUUCAAUUGCAUUGAGGAACCCAGCCGGUGCUAUUUCCACGAUGGUGAUGGAGUAUGUGAAGAGUUUGAACGAAAAACUAGCAUUAAAGACUGUGGUGUCUACACGCCCCAGGGCUUCCUCGAUCAGUGGGCAUCCAACGCGUCAGUAUCCCAUCAAGACCAGCAGUGCCCGGGCUGGGUCAUCAUCGGACAGCCAGCAGCGUCCCAGGUGUGUCGAACCAAGGUAAUAGACCUCAGCGAAGGCCUUUCCCAGCACGCCUGGUACCCUUGCACCAUCAGCUACCCGUACUCCCAGCUGGCGCAGACCACCUUCUGGCUCCGGGCAUAUUUUUCUCAGCCGAUGGUUGCCGCUGCUGUGAUUGUCCACCUGGUGACUGAUGGCACCUAUUAUGGGGACCAGAAGCAGGAGACCAUCAGUGUGCAGCUGUUUGAUACCAAAGAUCACAGCCACGACCUAGGCGUCCAUGUCCUGAGCUGCAGGAACAAUCCCCUGAUUAUCCCUGUGGUCCAUGACCUCAGCCAGCCCUUCUACCACAGCCAGGCGGUACGUGUGAGCUUCAGUUCGCCCCUGGUCGCCAUCUCGGGGGUGGCCCUCCGCUCCUUCGACAACUUUGACCCCGUCACCCUGAGCAGCUGCCAGAGAGGGGAGACCUACAGCCCUGCCGAACAGAGCUGUGUGCACUUCGCAUGUGAGGCCACUGACUGCCCGGAGCUGGCUGUGGAGAACGCGUCUCUCAAUUGCUCCAGCAGCGACCGCUACCACGGCGCCCAGUGUACCGUGAGCUGCCGGACGGGCUACGUGCUCCAGAUACAACGAGAUGAUGAGCUGAUCAAGAGCCAGACAGGACCCAGCAUCACAGUGACCUGCGCCGAGGGCAAGUGGAACAAGCAGGUGGCGUGUGAGCCAGUGGACUGCGGCGUCCCGGACCACCAUCAUGUCUAUGCCGCGUCCUUCUCCUGCCCCGAGGGCACGACCUUUGGCAGCACGUGUUCCUUCCAGUGCCGUCACCCUGCACAGCUGAAAGGCAACAACAGCCUCCUGGCCUGCAUGGAGGACGGGCUGUGGUCCUUCCCCGAGGCCCUGUGUGAGCUCAUGUGUCUCGCUCCGCCCCCGGUGCCUAACGCGGACCUCCAGACUGCCCGGUGCCGGGAGAACAAGCACAAGGUGGGCUCCUUCUGCAAGUACAAGUGCAAACCCGGAUACCACGUGCCCGGAUCCUCCCGGAAGUCGAAGAAACGGGCCUUCAAGACCCAGUGUACCCAAGACGGCAGCUGGCAGGAGGGAGCAUGUGUUCCUGUGACCUGUGACCCCCCUCCACCAAAAUUCCACGGGCUCUACCAGUGCACUAACGGCUUCCAGUUCAGCAGCGAGUGUCGGAUCAAGUGUGAAGACAGCGAUGCCUCCCAGGGCCGCGGGAGCAACGUCAUACACUGCCGCAAAGAUGGCACCUGGAGCGGCACCUUCCACCUCUGCCAGGAGAUGCAAGGCCAGUGCUCGGCCCCGAACCAGCUCAACAGCAACCUCAAACUGCAGUGCCCCGACGGCUAUGCCAUAGGGUCGGAGUGUGCCACCUCGUGCCUGGACCACAACAGCGAGUCCAUCAUCCUGCCCAUGAACGUGACCGUGCGUGACAUCCCCCACUGGCUGAACCCCACGCGGGUCGAGAGAGUCGUCUGCACCGCUGGGCUCAAGUGGUAUCCUCACCCUGCCCUGAUUCACUGUGUCAAAGGCUGCGAGCCCUUCAUGGGAGACAAUUACUGUGAUGCUAUCAACAACCGAGCCUUCUGCAACUAUGAUGGCGGGGAUUGCUGCACCUCCACAGUGAAGACCAAAAAGGUCACACCCUUCCCAAUGUCCUGCGACCUACAAGGUGACUGUGCUUGUCGGGACCCCCAGGCCCAAGAACACAGCCGGAAAGACCUCCGGGGAUACAGCCACGGCUAAGGAAGGACAAGUAGUUGUCAAAGAAUUCCCAACGCCAGGACCCGCAUCCCUUUGGUAUUGAUUUCACAGUCUGCUGCUCAACAGAAUGGCCUCUCCACACCAGGGAUCCUUAGCACCCAACCGGUCUGCCUUUAAUUUUACCCAGGAAGGACUCACAGUGGGCGCGAAUGAAGCAAGGCUUGCCAUGUUGAAUGAUGGAUUGGAAUCCCAUCCCAAAGUCUGAGAUGGAUUGCAUAGACAGUGUGCAGUCCCAGAGCCUCCUAAAAUUCUAAGCAUUUGUCACACGACCACAGCAAGAGACAUGUUCUGUAUCUAGGAGUGUGCACCUCUGUGGUUAGUACACAUGCACGCAUAACACCCAUACCAACAUCUGUGCUAGGGCAGUUCUAGAGAUUGAGCAGAGAGAGACUGGAACAAACUCAAUCCUUCUUUUCCCAAGAUCCUAGCCAACACUAUGCUUGGGAGAAAGAGAGUUUCUGAAACUGCUAAGACUAAGCAAGUGUUGAGAUGCCAAGAUAGCUCAGACCCCGAGGUUCAGGAUAUGUAGGGCAUGCACAGUUGUGUAGUCCGUUGGGAUUGGAAGCGAAAUGGACUGUGAUUACCUGCCUUCUAGGGAACUAGGAUCCAGGAAGAGGUAAAGAUUCCAAGGUGUGCAAAUCCCCCCCCCCCAAUUCUUCUGCUGCCAUAGGGAUUUUACCCCAACUCCAGGGUUCGAGGCCAAGCUGGAAAUGGCUUAGAAUUACAAUGUUAAGGUAUUAUACCAGCCCCCUGCUUGAGGCUUGAGGUCAUAAUAUCCCUCCAUAACCCACCUGUUUUCCAAAUCUUGCCUUGGGACCACAUUUGCUGCUACUUUUCCUGCUGCUCUAUCCUACACAUUGAAUAACCCAAGAUGGUAGAAUUAGGUUAGGAAAAACCCCACACAACCAAACAGUCUGCCUUAAAAGUGACCCACAUUUUCCCACAGCUCCUCACUUCCUAGUCCUUCUGCAAGAGAAAAGUCCUCAUGGGCCCAAUGGUGAGAAGUUAAGUCCUGCAUGGGUGGGCCUCUCAUCCUGGAAGAGUUGAGGACCUCAGAUGCUGGAUCCCUCACUGAGAGUCCAGAAUGUCUAAGCCAGUGUUAGAUUUUUCAACCAAGUGGAACAGUGUUAAAUUCUAUGAUGGUGGAGUCAUCCAGAGACGAUCGGAACUUUCAGGACUCUUGGGUUAUUAUCCUUAUCGUAGUCUUCUAGCCCUACUGGCUAGAGUAGACUUUGGUCCUGAGAACCUUACUGUUGCUCUGAGUAGAUAUAAUUCUGGGACAGAGAGUUAUUUUAGAUAAGAUCAAUAAGACUGUGUUCUAGAGGGUCAUCAGAGGGAAGCCAAAGAGUUCACAACCUCAGUAUCCAACAAGUCACCAUUGUCAUCAUGUUUUCUGUAUGAUUUCCAUCUACCAAAACUUCCUUCCACACCUGUGGCUGGCCAAUCCUUCCCUCUCUAUCAUGUUCAGCCUCCAAAACUCAAUAGGAGAUCAGUCAAUUGCACAUGGACUCCCCACCUUUUUGGGGGCCUCUUUGCCUCUUUUAAGUCCAUUACCUUUCCACUCCUUUGAAUUAAUAUGGGAAGAGAUUAAUACAGGAUGAGGUGAAGAGAAAGAUUAAUUGUGACGUAUUUUCUGGAACCUAGAGAAAUUGAGGAGAUGAGAAGUUCUGGAUUAGUCAUAUCCCAUAAAGAUUACUGCAAAUGAAGUCAUCUCAAGUCUACUGAAGACAACCAACCAAAAUAGAGUCUAGCAUAGGGAUGGGACGUGUGCAGUUUCCUAAUGCCUGCAUCUAAGGCAGGCAUUGUGAAUCCCUCAUGGCCCUUUUUUCUAUUGGGACCAAAAAUAACUUUAGAAACCAUCUUAUUAUACCACUCCCACCAAUAAUUACCUAGUGAUCAAAACCACUUGAGAAUACAUCUAUUGGCCAUCUGUGGUCUGUUAUAUUAAGAAACAUAUCAAGGUGCUUUUCGCACAGAUGCCCGCAAAUAAGGAUGCAGUGGUUAGAUAGUUUACAUGGCUUGUGCCAUAUUAUUAAUACAAACUCUGAGAUUGACUUUCAGAAUGGAGAGGCUGCCACCAUUGUUAAUGCCAGGCUCAAAUCCUUUAUAUGUUUCUUUCUUACAAAAUCAUAUUUACAUCCAGGGCAUUAUUUUUCUGUAAUUACCACGGCCAAUCCUUAGCAAAAAAAUAAGAAUAAUAUUAGAAGAAUUCAACCUAUUGUGUUCCCCUUUCCAGUAUCAUAGAACUCUUUCCAACUAUUCAGGCAGUUCUCUUGCCCUAGCUGAGUUGUCAACCUGUGUGGUGUUAGCUUAGAAGGUACAAGCUGAGAAAGGUAACAGCAUCAGCCCUCCCAGUUGCUUAAGUACAUCCAUAAGUAAUACAAAAAGCUUUGAAGACCCAAAGAUGACAUUACUAAUGAUGGGAUUGCAGGCCCCACAAAAGAACCUUAUCAGCUUCCCUUAAAUCAUUCCUCAUCCUCUUUCUUUCCAUCUGCACUGUCCCUGUCAUCUAUCCCUGUACUCUCCACCUGAGCAAAGAUUCCUAGAGGCUGACUUCUAUCUUCAGACUCACAUACUGAAAAUUCAGCCCUUCUGAAUAAAGACUCGCCCAGCCAUAUUUGCCAAGGAUAUUAAACAAAAGAGGCUACUUGAUUGGCGGCCAGCCUCAUGCCCACAUGGAAGGUAUAAUUCACAGGUUCUUCAAAAACCUUAGUGGAGGAGGGCCAGCUCUACUUGUGCAAUGCACUGAUUCCCAGUUCCUUUUUGUUUCCUGGGAAUAACUCAAUGUCUCAUCCUUUUGAUCAUCUCCUGUUUAGGACAAUGGAGUACUCACAAGGGGGCAGGUCUGAAGCCCUGUUGUGUAUCAGCAGCUCAAGGACACCAAAGCACUUGAGGGUUCUGUGUCUGAAGAAGUAUUAGCCUGUUAGCUGUUUUGUGCCUGUUAGCACAAAAAAAGAAGAGAUGAGGUGGACAGUUUUCUAAACCCCGUCUUGGGAAGUCUUUCCAAGCCACAACCCUAACUGCCUGCCCAAAGGACUUGCAUUACCCCCAGAUACUGUGCCAACAUCCUUUUAAGGGAAUGCAGUCCUCAGGAAGUCAGUUUUGGUGGGUGAAUUAGGGUGUUAAGGAAGGGAGAGAUUAACAGUCAUAAAUAGUAGGGCUUUGAAGAUGUAGGGUAUCAGCUGUCACUCAUGGCUUCAGCAUGUUGAGUCACUGCCUAGACAGUUUUCUUGGUCUUAUUCCCACCUUGGCCGAUACUUAAAUGCUAGUUGUUGAAAAUAAUUGUUUGAGACAGAUUUCAGCUACCUCCCUUCCAGGUUUGAUUUAACUUGGUUGUAACUGUCGAAUUGUUAUAGGUCUUACCUGUGUUAGAAAGAAAGAAAGAAAAGAAAGGAAAAGAGAGAAAGAGAAAAAGAAAAAGAAAGAAAGAAAAAAAGGAAGGAAGUAACUAUAAAGUCAAGUUAACAGUUUUGAGGUUUUGUGUUUUUUUUUUUUUUUCUGGAACUACUUCAAGUGGGAAAAUAAAAAAGAAGUUGAUGGUGACAACGCUGUACAGAUAGAGAUUAAUAGAAAACAAGGAUAUUAAAAGGAAAUAUAAAUGCAUGAUUAAAAACUAAGAAAAAAAAAACCUAUUUUUAUGUUUCCUAAAGGAAGUUGUUUAUUCUACAGACUGAGUAGGUAGACACAGCAUAAAGAUUUCCCUAGAAGACAUAGAGUGGGAUUUUAUAACAUUGUCUGUUAUUUUCUGUACAUUGUGGUAGGUCCAGGAAAUAUGGCAUUUUCUCCCUUGUUAUGUUGUUGUUGUUGUUGGGGGACAUUUUGUUUAUUUGUUUGGUGGCAAUCAGUGGGAGUAGGGAGUGGGGAGGGCUUGAUAUUGGUUGUACCAAAUAUUAAGGGGACAUAGUGUGUUGUCGUGCUUUUCACAUUAUAAAUUGUUUAUAUGUACCAGUAUAGCACUGGGCUUUAUAAAGACUGCACUCAGAACCACACUGAACAGUCCAACUUCCUAAAAAGCUGCUACAUGACCAGACAGGUAAUCCCAAUGAGUUUUGAGAAACAAAACAAACCAAGUAAAUAAUGAACAUAAAAACUAAAUAGCAAAUGAAUAAAAGCCUAUUCUGGUAAUUUAUUCAACUUUUGCCAAAUUCCUACCAAUCAUUUGCUUUUGAAAAGAAAUGUAUAAUAGCCAAAAAGAGUAGUUAUGUUCCUAGGGUAAAGAACCUAGAAUUCUUGGCUCCAGGCAGCAGUUUGCUCAGUGAUCUUGAACAAGUUAUCAAAAUGCCUCUACAUUUGCCUCAGUUUCUCUAGCUGCAAAAUGGGGAUAAUACUACAUACCUACCUCACAGUGGGAGGGCAGGGGAUUGUGAGGCCCUGAGAUUUUAAAUGGGCUGUGAGGGCCAAGGCUUGGCACACAGUCCAUGGGUUAGUUUUCAAGAAUGCACAGGCCCACUGGCCUCUUAAGAAAGACGGGGAGUGUUCAUUCAAUAUUUCAAGGAAUCAAGCUGGAGCGCAUGGAUUAUAGUCCAAUUUAAGAGAAAGACCUGGAUUAGGGAAUAUUUCAUUUUUUAGGUGAAUUUUCUUCCACUCUUCUCACCCCCGCCCCCCAAUAUUCUGGCAUUUACCGGUUCUGUGAUUUGGCUAAAAGCUGAUUACUUCCUACGAUGUCAAGUCAGUUAACAGUCGUCUCUUUAAGACUUCCAGACCAUUUCCAACUUACAGAGGAAAGGAGUCACUAAAAUCUCUUCCUCAGAAGGCACCUCCCUUCUCAGACUUAAAAAUUCCACAUCAAGCGUUCCAUUUAAAGAGCAUAUGGCAUUCUGAGUGCAAACAACUUGGGGCUUCUUAAACUACACACCAGCAGUCAGUGAGGAAAAUUUUGAACAAUUAUUGAGUUGCUUUCUUGGGUCUCUAUAAUCAGUAACCUGUCCGCAGAUAUCUAUCUAUAUAAAGAUAUUAUAUAUAAAUAUAAAUUUACAUAUAUAUGCACAUGUAUAUAUAGUUGUACAUAUAUGUGUGUAUAUAUAUACUUAAAUGUAAUAUUUACAAAAUAAAACUGUGAUCUCGUCUAGAGAAAAUGUAUUCAUAUUACAAACUGCUCUUCCAUAUUUAUGUAUCAUAUUAUACCUUUUUAUUAUUGUUAUAAUUAUUAUGGGUAUUUCUUAUGAUGUCGAAAUCUGUUUGGCACCUUCUGAAGCUACCAAAACAUAACUUUCCAUUGAAGUGCUUAAAAGCUGUUCUCAUGAGAAUUCUACUGGCCUACUGUAAAAAAGAAAAAGAAAAAAAAAAAAAAGACAGAAAGAAAACAAUCUAAACACCAAAAAACUAAACACAAUUCCAGUCCUUUUUCUGUACCUCACGCGCAUAAAUUUGCUGCUCCUAUUUUGGGUUUUUUUUUUUUUUUCUGUUUAUGUGUUUUUAUGGAUCUAAGUUAAGUCUUUCAGCAAUAUAUAAAAAUGUAAAUAGUAAACUUUAUUUAUUAAGAAUGUCAUCUUUUUUAAUUUAUAUUUACACAAUUGUUCAUCUAAUUUAUUUUUUCUAUACAGUUUUAAAUACUCAAGACAUAUUUUGCUGUUCAUAUUUUUAUCCUGUUCUCGUGGAUUUGUUUCUCCAUACUGUUUUCUCUGAUCUCAAUUACAGGUUGGAUCUCACAAAAAAUAAUGUCAGAGACAGAAAUAUUUUGCCACUGUUGAUUACUAUACCUUAAAGUUCUAUAUUAUGAAAAUAUAUAAUAGCUUGUAUGCUUCA